AGAUAGGUACAGAGAAACAGUGAGGGAUGAAGGGAUGAAAGAUGCUGUUUGAUAAAGUUACAUUUCCAGUUCCCUGAAUGCUGUGUCUGCGAUUAGACCCUGGUUGGCGACAUACAGAAAGUCUGACACAGAUGACCUUUCAGAGGAAAUGCCAUGAUGGAGGACCAACUGUAUUCCACAACUAUGGAUGAAAACAAGGAUGAGGAGAUGCCAAUGAUUCCAUAUUCCGAUAUCUCUGCCUCAAAGUCAAACGACAACGCCACAACUCUAACAGGAUCUUUAACAGACGUCAACAGUUUGUCAGAACAGAUCUCCGCCGACAACACUGGACGGUCCUCAGCCCCUGUGAGUGGAACAAAGGACUCUCCUGCAGAACACGAUGUGCAGACGAACUCUAAAACUGGAUGGACAGAUGCAGAGUACAUCCACAGUACGAAAUCUGUGAAAACAGAUCAGCCAAGACCUCUGCACGUCCUGCUGCCAUCCUCCGCAGAGACCAAGAGACUUCCUGAAGCAAGCCCGUCGUUCGCACCAGCAGGAGGUCAGGAAAGCCUGACGACUGCCAGAGUUCACUCAGAGGCAGAUGGAGUUGAUAUUUGUGCUGCGGUCCUGCUGCAUUGCCUGUUCUGUCGUCCUCUGGACUGUCUGCUGGAGACAUUUAGAGGGUGCCACAUGUGCGUCUGGUCCCUGUGCGGCUGCGAGCCCCCCACCAUGCAUCCUCUUCUGACUGUCACCCACAGCUGUGACCUGUGUGGGGGGUGCUUCGUGUGCGACUGCAGCGUCUGUGACAUCUGCCUUCCAGUCACAGAGUGCCUGGACCUCGCUAUGGAGAUCUCUCAAAUGCUUUACCACUAA